AUGUCAGGGUCAGAGAGUUAUUCUUCCAUUGUUGUGUCUCCUCCUCUGAUUAAGCAUGAUGUGUUCCUCAGCUUCAGAGGGGAAGACACCCGCGACAACUUCAUUAGUCACCUUUAUGCCGAACUUUGCAGGAAAAAGAUUGACACAUAUAUAGAUAACAGACUAGACAGGGGAGAAGAGAUUUCACCCGCACUGCACAAUGCAAUAGAAGAUUCAAUGAUUUAUGUCCUUGUUUUCUCCGAACACUAUGCAUGUUCCACAUGGUGUUUGGAUGAACUCACAAAGAUACUGGAAUGCAAGAAGAGAUAUGGAAGGGAUGUCAUACCAGUUUUCUACAAGGUGGAUCCAUCAAGUGUUAGGAAUCAAAGAGAAAAUUAUGCAGAAGCGUUUGAGAAACAUGAAAAGCGAUUUAAGGAGAAAGUGCAUGCAUGGAAGGCUGUUCUAACCGAAGCUGCUGGACUCUCAGGAUGGGAUUCACAAGUAACCAGACCAGAGUAUACCCUAGUUGCAGAAAUUGUGAAAGAUAUUUUGAGCAAAUUGAAUCGAUCUUCCAUAUGUGAUCUUCAAGGCGGAAUUGUUGGAAUCAACAACCAUAUAGCUCGGAUCCAGAAUUUGUUGAAACUUGAGUCACCAGAUAUUCGAAUCAUAGGAAUUUGGGGCAUGGGAGGAAUAGGAAAAACUACAAUUGCUAGGCAUAUAUGUCACAAAUUUGCAUUGCAGUUCUGCUCCAGCAGCCUCAUUUUAAACAGUCAAAAAGAAAUAGAAAAGCAUGGAGUAGAGCAUACAAGAAACAAAUAUUCAUCAGAGCUCCUAGAGGAAGAAGAGCAUACAUCAUCUGGAUCAAGAUUUUUAAUUAAAAGGCUCAAACGGGCCAAGGUUCUCCUCAUUGUUGAUGAUGUGAACAAUUCGGAUCAUUUAAAAGAUUUAAUUGGAGGGCAUGAUAAUUUUGGCCCUGGCAGUAGAAUCAUUGUGACCAGUAGAGAUGUUCAAGUGCUUAAGAAUGCUGAAGCUGAUGAAAUAUACGAAGUUAAGGAGAUGGAUUUUCAAGAUUCUCUAAAACUGUUCAGUUUAAAUGCUUUUAAACAAAACCAUCCAAUAGAAACUUACAUGGAAUUAUCAAUAAAGGUACUGAAUUAUGCUAAAGGGAUUCCAUUAGCUCUAAAGGUUUUGGGCUCAUUCCUUUAUGGUAGAACAAAGGAAGCAUGGGAAAGUGCUUUGCAGAAGUUGAAAAUGUCUCCCAAGCCUGAAAUUUUCAAUGUGCUAAAAUUAAGUUAUGAUGGGCUUGACGAACAGCAGAAGGAUGUAUUUCUUGACAUAGCAUGCUUUUAUAGGGGACAUGAGGAGAUUGUCGUAGCAGAAAUGCUAGAUAGUUGUGGUUUUUGUGCUGACAUUGAAAUGGAUGUUCUCAAAGACAGGUGUCUAAUAUCUAUUUUGGAAGGUAGAAUUGUAAUGCACGAUCUGAUACAAGAAAUGGGACAAAAAGUUGUUCGUGAACAAUGUGGCAAUAAUCCUGAAAAAUGCAGUCGUCUGUGGAAGGUUGAGGAAAUUUAUGAUGUUUUAAGUGAGAACAAGGGUUCAGAUGCAAUACAAUGUAUAUUCCUCGACAUAUGCAAAAUCGAAGAAGUUCAUUUACAUGCUAAAACUUUCAAAAGUAUGUCCAAUAUGAGAGUGCUCCACUUCUAUAAGUCUCCUGACUAUUACUGGAAAUACUCAAAUGUGUUUCUUCAAUCAUCUAUUGAAAGUCUUCCGGGUGGUUUAAAAAUUCUUCAUUGGGAUGACUUCCCUCAGGCAUAUUUGCCGCAGAACUUUUGCCCAAAGCAUCUUGUUAGACUCGAAAUGCGACAUUGCAAACUUGAACAACUUUGGGAACGAGAUCGGGAAUUAAUUCGAUUACCGGACUUGUGUCUGUUGCCAAAUAUUGAAGAAAUAAUUCUGAGCGAUUGUGUAAGGUUGCUUGAAGUUUACUCCACACGUUUCCUCAGCAAGCUCAAAUGUUUAUGUUUAAAUGGUUGUGUUGAGCUUAGGACUGUAUAUAUUCCCAACAAUAUUCUGUCAACAUCAUCAGGAGUAAUUCUUCUUCUCAAUUGUCUCAAGCUUCAAUCAUUUUCAAUCAGUAAUAGUCAAGUUCCUCCUCCAUGCCUUGGUCAUGCAAGACCAUCACACUCCAUAUCGCCACGUGACAGACCUCGAUCCCUUUUCAGAGCUAUAGAUGUACCAUGGUAUCACAAAUUUGAAGAAGCGACAAAUAAUAUAAACAAAGUAUAUGAUGAAAUGUUGAGAGAAGGUCUUUCCUCCAUAUUUUCAACUCUCAAUAAGCUCUGUUGGUUAGAUCUCUCUCAUUGUCAAUCCCUUACAACCCUUUCAUUUGACCUUUCUGAGUUCAAAUUCUUAAAAAGACUCUAUCUCCGUGGUUGCUCUAAUUUGAGAAAUUUCCCCCAAAUCAAGGGCAGAAUGGAAAAUCUGGCGGAGCUCAUCCUAGACAAAACAGCAAUACAGGAACUACCUACAUCCUUGUGCCAUUUGGUUGGCCUUGAAGAAUUGAGCUUGCACAGUUGCACCAGACUUGAGAUUAUUCCAUCUUCUAUUGGUAGUCUCACCAAACUCUCCAAGUUAGGCCUUACCUACUGUGAAUCACUUGAAACGCUUCCGAGCAACAUUUUCAAAUUGAAGUUGACCAAACUUAAUUUGCAUGGUUGCUCAAUGCUGAGAACCUUCCCAGAGAUCUUGGAGCCCACAAAAAGUUUUGCUGACAUCAACUUAACAAAAACGGCCAUCAAAGAAUUACCUUCAUCAUUUGAAAAUUUGGUUGGGCUACGGAUCCUGCGUCUAAUCAUGUGCAUUGAUCUUGAGUCACUUCCCAACAGCAUUGUUAAUCUAAACCUUCUCUCCGAACUUGAUUGUUCUGGCUGUGCCAAAUUAACAGAAAUCCCGAGUGACAUUGGUCGCUUAUCAUUAUUAAGGAAAUUGUCAGUGCAAGAGAGUGGAAUUGUGAACCUUCCUCAGAGCAUUUUUCAUCUUUCAUGCUUGAAAUCACUUGAUUUAAGUGAUUGCAAAAAUCUCCAAUGCAUCCCGCAGCUUCCACCAUUUCUAAAACAAUUAUUGGCAUAUGAUUGUCCAUCCAUUAAAAGAGUGAUGCCAAAUUCAAGGAUUCAAAUCCCAUCAGAUUCCAAAGAGGGUAUCUUCAAAUUUCAUCUCACCAAUAGUCAACAACUGGAUCCAAGUGCUCGUGUUAAUAUUGUGGAUGUUGCAUGGCUUAAGAUCACUGACAAUGCAUAUAGGUCUGUAUUCUUUUACUUUCCAGGGAGUGAAGUUCCUCAUUGGUUCCCUUGUCGUGCCGAGGGACAUUCAGUAACUAUAAAUACAGAUUCUCUAAAUUUGUGCAAUGAUGAUAGGAUCAUUGGUUUUGCUCUGUGUUUCACUUUCGGACUGUUUGAUACGGAUGAUUUUCUUGGUAGAUAUGGUUAUUUUAAUUUCGGACUAAAAUUUGAAUCUCAUGAUGCCACACAUAUUCUUCCCGACAAUGAUGAACUAAGAAGUGGUUUAUAUUGGAAGGGUCGAAAGAGAAUUGUUGAUCAAGAUCACACACUCCUGUGGAAAUAUAACUUAGAAUCACCAGGGAUGAGCCGUAUGCUCAGUCAUGCUCAGAGCUUCACCUUUGAGAUCAGCAUCCCCCGAUUUUUCAAAUCUAAUGUCACAGUAAAAGAAUGCGGAUGGAAGCAAAGUUGCAUAGCCAUGUAUGGAAACAAAACAAAAUUGAAGGAGGAAGGGAAGGCCUUCGCUAAGCUACCUACUCAGCCAGUCUCAUUUCUUCCGAUAAUAUUGGUAAUCAUUUUUGUUUCAGGCAUUUCAAGUUCAGCUGGAUUUGAUGGAUGCUGCUCUGUUGUGGCAUUUUCUACAUUAUGGCCCUCAUUGUCUUGCUUUGAUUGUCUAGUUGAAUCAUGUAGUUAUCAAUGGAACUCCUUUAAAGUAAAACCUUCUUCCUUAUUAAAGGUGUUUGUUAUUGAGCAUGGUUUUAUAAAUCCAUGCUGA